AAAGUAGAGAGGCAGUUGCCAUUCUGACUUGGGCGCAUGACAUUAGAAUUUUCUUGGUAAAACUAAUAAGCUCCUCCUUCCCACCCCUCUCUGCAACUUAUUUCAAUUCUUAAGAGUUAUUACUUUCUCCGGUCUCCGGCAUACUGCACUUCUGUCUAAAUCAUUUAUUAACACACAGUGUGUGAGAUUAGGUGUGAGGUAGAGACAGAUCAAUAGUAAAUCUGAAAAGAGAGAGGCAGUAAAUUAAUGAUGAAGUCGUCUUUCGGAAAGCUCAAGAAAUUUGCACUACACAAGGAUAAGAAGGAUCAUCAGAUAUUGUUGCAUUUGGACGGACUUUCUCAGGCAUCACAGGAUAUGAAAGACAUGAGAGAUUGUUAUGACAGCUUGCUAUCUGCAGCAGCAGCUGCGGCUAAUAGUGCCUAUGAAUUUUCAGAAUCCUUGAUGGAAAUGGGAACCUGCUUACUGGAGAAAAUUGCAUUGAAUGGUGAUGGAGAAAAUCGCAAGGCAAUGUCGAUGCUUGGAGGAGUACAAUUAGAACUUCAGAAAUUCGUAGACUGCUAUCGUUCCCAUAUCAUCCUAACUAUCACAAACCCAUCUGAGUCUCUUCUUAGUGAACUUCGGAAAGUGGAGGAGAUGAAACUGCAGUGUGAUGAAAAAAGGGAGGUGUACGAGUAUAUGGCAAAUAGAGGAAAAGGUGGAAAAGGUGAGAACUUUACUUCUCAGCAGUUACAGGCAGCCCGGGAGGACUAUGAGGAAAUGGCAAGACUUUGCAUUUUCCGUGUACAAUCUCUGAAGCAAGGGCAAUGUCGGAGCCUUUUGACCCAGGCAGCUCGUCACCAUGGAGCACAGCUUAAUUUCUUCCGCAAAGGACUUAAAUCUCUUGAAUCUGUUGAACCACAAAUAAGGAUGGUUGCUGAAAACCAACACAUUGACUAUCAACCUGUUGAAUUGGAUGAUAGCGAGGAUGGAGGCAAGAGCUAUGAGGCCAAUGAUGAUGGUGAAUUGAGUUUUGAUUAUAGAAAAAAUAAGCAGGAACCAAAUGACUCUUUCCCAAUGAGGGAUUCAAUGGAGUUUGAUCCCGCUGAUGCUCCAAGUACCCUAACCUCUGGGAUGGAGGAAGUGGAGUUGGAUUUGGGCAGAAACCAGGAGCAGGUUUUUACUAGACAACCACGUGUAGUCAGUCAUUCUGCUCCAAUAUUUGCAGAGAAAUCAGAUAUUUCUGAUAGGAUCAAACAAGCACAGACAUCUGCCCGGAAAUUUCACACAUACGCCUUACCGACUCCAGCCGAUGCUAAAAGUUUGACUUCAAGGACAAGUGUUUCCCUUCAACACUCAAGUACCAUGAAUACGAGUGGAGGCAGCAACAAUCCGUGGCAUUCUUCCCCGCUUAAUAUGGAUAAAUACUCUAAAUUUUCAGAUGACAACUUGUCAACAGACACUCUUGCAAAAGGCCAAUCCACUGCUCAAGAGAUUAAAGAUCAUACUUUCUCCACCCCACUACCCCCGCCUCUUGCUGAGGGAACUUCUCUCCCACAAAAUGAUAUACAAAAUGGAAUUGAUGCCAGAAAGAUGAGAAGACUUGCUUUCUCAGGUCCAUUAGCAAGUAAGCCUUCAUCCAGCAAGCCACUGUUAUCUGCCAGUGGACCUAUUGGCUUGGCCGAACGGCCUCUUUUAGAACCUGGAUUGGCUUCUGGUAUACCAAUAAGUCAGCCACCAUCGACUCUAGAUGUAUCCUACAGUGCUUCACCUCCCCUUGUUUCUUCACCAAAAAUAAGUGAGCUUCAUGAGCUCCCUCGUCCCCCUGGCAUAUUGGCCUCCAAGCCAUCAAGUUCUACUGCAUUUGGGCACUCUGCGCCUUUAGUCAACCGAAAUCAAGAAACAUCACCAACUAAUCAGAGCCCUGUGCUGGCAUCAAAUACGGGUUCUCCACUACCACUUCCUCCGCUAACCAUUCCUCGAAGUUUUUCUAUACCUUCCAAUAAUCAGAGAGCAAUGGCACUACAUGUAGCCCAGCUUCUAGAAUCUCCUCAAAGAAAGGGCAAGGGUGAUGUGAUGUGCUCUCCUCCAUUGACACCUCUCUCUCUUUCAAACACUUCAAAUUCUGGGCAAAUCAGAGGUAAAGUUGAUUCAUAGUAACCUGGCAACUAUACUGUUUCCAGACAAGUAGCUAGUGAGAAAUUCUAAAGUGAACCUCAUAUCUGUGAUUGAUCUGCCUGAGUGUUUUGAGAAGGAGAAAGAAGGGUUACAAGUUGUGUUUGAAUCUUGUCUAGUCUUGUACCCUCCACCUGGUUAAAUCUUCACUGGUAAAGUAUGUCAGAUUGGUUGUUUGUUUGUUUGGGUGGGUGGAUAACUGGUGUUGAGUAAUUGAAGUAUUUGUAGAGUAGCUAAAAGAGGAAUGCGUUGAUUUUCUUGUGAUAGUAUAAUUCAUUUCCUCCCCCUUUAUCUUUGACAUGCCAUUUUUGGUGGAUGCAGGUAGGAGCUGAUAUAUAUAUAUUUUUGUUUUGGGUUCGUGGGUGUGUAGAGUUUGUUUCCACAAGCAUUAUUGCAGGAGUGGGAUUUGUACAUAUGUUAUUAAUUAAUGUAAGGUUUUAUUUGUUCGGUUUUGAAUGGUUCUCCAUGUAUCUUACUUACACAAAUGUAACGGGAGCUUCCUGCCACAAUUUUGAUCUCGCGGUGUUCAAAUCCACCCCUACCCCCCUUGUAGAGAAACGUCAAAUUAAGAAUGA